CUUGUUUGUGUCUCGUCGCAGCAUCCCUUGCAUUCUCGUGCAUUCUCGUGACCUCGUGUGUUUGUUUGAUCACGCGAAGGUUCUAGAAGAUUGAGGGCUGCGGAUUUCACAUUUUGAGUUCAACGUUCUUGAUGUUCUGAUCGAGUAAUAAGCGUACGAUGGACGCAGGCGAGAAAAUUGAGAGCUCCACAACUAAGAACGACGAGAUGCCUAAACCAAAGAUAAAACACGAUUGGUAUCAAACGGAGAGUCACGUGUUCGUGACGAUACUCGCCAAGAAUGUGGAAAACGAGAGUAUUAAUUACGGAGAAAAGACCCUAAGUGUUUCAGCGAAGUUACCAUCCGGCAAUGAAUAUAGUUUAGAGUUGGAUUUGGCUAACUUUAUAGUGGCGGAAGAAUGUUCGCACAAGGUAAUGCCGUCCAAGAUAGAAAUUAAACUGAAGAAACGGGAUGACAUUAGAUGGAUGGUACUAGACGGUGAGCCAGUUCAAUCUAACGUGAAACCUAUACCGAACGAAAUACUUCAAGCUGGCACACAAGCGUCUAAUGGCACACAAGCGCCUAAGUAUCCAACCUCCUGUAAGAUAUCCAGAGAUUGGGAUAAGGUGGAAAAGGAAAUAUUGAAAGAGGAGGCAGCGGAACAAAAUGUGGGUGAUGCUGCGGUGAAUACUCUUUUCCAAAGCAUAUACGGUAACGGAUCCGAUGAAGUGAGACGUGCGAUGAACAAGUCCUUUAUAGAAUCGGGCGGCACUGUCUUAAGCACUAAUUGGGGAGAAGUAGGACAAAAACCGGUUCAGAGAAGACCACCAGAUGGAAUGGAGUGGAAAUCUUGGGACUCAUAAUUAGAAUGAUUUCUUUACAUUUUCAUCGUUUCUUUUCAUCAUAUACAAUUAUCACGUUCGAUCCUUAAUUACCACAUCUAUCGAUUGUAUAUUUUACUAAUGUAAAAACAAAGGUAAACAUAUAUUGAUAUUUACUUGAGAGUUUCCGUUAUACAAUGACUUAAUAAUAUAAUUUGCAGUUUUCAAAAUUUAAUUUAAAAUACAUUUGGUCUUGUAAUGAAAUGUACAAAAUUAUUAACAUUUGCUUAUACAUUUAAUCUUUAUAUAACAUUUCAAUUUAUCUAGAUAAUUUACAGUUAUAAUUGCAAAACACUUAUAAUACAUACGGCAUCUUAGUAAAAAUAAAUUCCUCACACACAAGUUUACAAGUUUUUAUAAUAAAUAGAGAAUGCACAACAGAACGGCAAGUAUACAAUAAGUAUAGCUUUUAUCACCUCACGAAAGAAAACUUUGUGCUUUACUCCUCAUGUUUACUUCUACUAUUGAGAUCUUAAAAUCUCGGGUACUCUCGCAACUCGUGCGUUCGCGUAAAAGAGUCACGGUCUCGCGUAUUUGGCGCGAGACCGUGUCUCUUGAUUAAUAGCGUCUUUUAUAUUCUCAGGUUUUAAUAUAUGUUACCGAUUAUCACAUAUUUUAAUAAACGUUUUAUUACAAAUAAGAAAAAAAACCGUAAUACUCGUAUUUUAGUUUGUGUGUCUGAGUAAUUUUAAAUUUUUAACGAUGUAUAAAUGAUGUAUAAAUGACUUGCGUUACUUAUAAAAAAUAUACGAUCCACAUGCAUAAA